AUGCAGACCUUACGUAUAAAGCUAGACAAUGUACACUGCCAAGAGUGUAAAGCAACCAUUAGAAAGAUCAUAUCACGAUACCACAAAAUCAACGAAAUUGAAGCCAGCACAGUAUCAGAUCUGAACAUAGAAGAGUUGUCCAGCGGAGAAGUAUUUUUCAAUUUGAAGGAUACAGAUGUUACCUUAUACGGGAAUAAGGAUGUCGGUUUUCACUUGAAAAAAAUGAUCAAGCAAUUGGAGAAAUCUGGAUUCGGUGUAGUCAGGUGGAGUCUCGCGGAUGAGAAUGGCGAACUAUCCUCGUCGGAGGAAGUGCAUGAUAUUGAGGCUGGUGUGGAUACUACAAACCAUGACGGAUUUUUUGACAUUUGGGGAAUUUUUGAAAGAUAUCUGGCCUCAAAGUCGGCAAGAAAGCAUUUGAAGUACUGCACAGUUUGUCAAAACAGCAAAGCUGGCAAGGUCAAUGAGACAAGUGACACAUCAUCGGCAGAAACCAAAGUGGAAGUUUCUCAAGCAGAGUUCAGAGCGUCGUUUGUGAUUACCGGAAUGACCUGUACUUCUUGUGUGCAUACGGUGGAGGAUGCACUCAAGGGACUACUUGGCAAGAACUCUACUGGUGCCAACUUUUCAGUGAAUUUGCUUCAACAGUCAUUGGUUGUCAUAAUCCAAAACAAGCAGUUGAUCAAUCAAAUUAUUGAUUGUGUUAAUGACCUCGGAUUCGAAUGUAAGCUCAUUGAAGUAUUGCCAGUUUACAGAUCAAUAAACACGCGAGUCACUGCAAUUAUUGGAGGUAUGACAUGUGCUGCUUGCGCAAACUCAAUCGAAGGUGCAGUGAAAAACUUGCCCUUUGUCUUGGAGAGCGGUAUCAAUGUGGUGACAAAAAACGCCCAGUUUGUACUUGAAGAUGACGGUCCACGACACGAAAACUUGGAAAAGUUGAAAGAAGCGGUUGAGGAUUGUGGGUUUGAUUUUGAAGUAAUUAGCAACGAAAAGAUCAACUUCACUUCCGCAAAACAAAAACCUCGAACAAUAAAUAUCAAAGUGGAGGGAAUGUUUUGCAAUCAUUGUCCUGAGAUUAUCAUGAGCUAUUUGCUACACUACGGAGAUGCUGUUGUUGUCCAUGAUCCAAUUACUUUAAAGCACCCCGUGAUCAAAUUUACGUAUGUUCCCAGUCGUGAAGUGACUGCUCGUCAAAUUGUCUCUGACUUGAACCACUUGAGAGAUGACGGAGUUGGUGGUUAUGCAAUUGAUGAUGAAGAAGAAGGCGGGUCCUUCACUUGCAAUUUGGUAAAGCCAGUCUCUGUGGACGAGCAUAUUAGAAGGUUGGCCAAGAGCGAAGUUAUGAAUCUAGCUUUGAGGUUGAUCUUGGCUACUGCGUUUGCCAUACCCACAUUUAUAUUUGGAAUUGUUGCCAUGUCGUUGUUGUCAAAGCACCAUCCAGUCAGAAUCUGGGUGGAGGAGCCAAUUUGGGUUGGAAAUGCAUCUCGUGCAACUUGGAUCUUGCUUAUAUUGGCAACACCAGUGUAUCUUUUCGCCGCUGACACCUUCCAUCGUAAGGCAAUCAAGGAAAUCAAGUCAUUGUGGCUCCAUAAGAAUCCGUUCAAAACCCGGUUGCUCAAGUUUGGAUCAAUGAACUUGUUGAUGAGUUUGGGAACCACUGUUGCUUAUUUUGCCAGCAUUGUGUUGUUGGCAUUGAGUGCCAAUCAAAAGCCAAAUUCCCAUAUGGGCUUCCACACAACGUACUUUGAUUCGGUUGUUUUCUUGACAUUCUUCUUAUUGAUUGGUAAAUUGUUGCAAAGUUAUUCAAAGAGUAAAACUGCUGAUGCUAUAUCGGAAUUGGCAACUUUGAAACAAAACACAGCGGUGGUGGUGGAUGAGAAAGAAAGCCUGGAUUUGGGCCAUGCCCUGUUUGCCAAUGAUCAAGUGGUGGAUCUUGAGCUAUUGGAAAUUGGAGAUUAUAUAAAGAUUGGCUCUGGUGAAUCUCCCCCAGUUGAUUGUGUUAUUGUAAGUGGAGAAGCUGAUUUUGAUGAAAGUGCGCUAACAGGCGAGUCUACUCCCGUGAAACAUAUUGAAGGCCACCAAGUCUUUUCCGGUACUGUUAACAUUGGAAGCCGUUCCAUCAUUGCCAAAGUAACAAGCUUGGAAGGUGAUUCGCUUUUAAGUCAGAUUAUCAACACCGUCAGGGACGGGCAACUCAAAAAGGCUCCCAUGGAACGCACGGCAGACUUAAUCACUGGGUACUUUGUGCCAGCUAUUAUUGCCAUUGCAAUUACUACCUGGAUUGUAUGGCUCAGUCUAGGCUACUCGGGAGCGUUGCCGCAAAGCUACCUUGACAUCGAUCUUGGUGGUUGGGCAGUUUGGUCAUUGGAAUUUGCAAUUGCCGUGUUUGUAGUUGCUUGUCCAUGCGGGAUUGGUUUGGCUGCACCAACGGCUCUCUUUGUUGGAUCUGGUUUGGCUGCAAAACAUGGAAUCUUGGCCAAAGGUGGUGGUGCUGCUUUCCAAGAUGGUGCAACAACUAAUAUUGUAUGCUUUGACAAAACAGGAACGUUGACCAGGGGUGAAUUGGCUGUAACGAAUUACUCGUUUGUCGAAAAGGAUCCGACGUUGAUGCAAUUUUCGUUGCAAAUUGCCAGAGAUUUGGAGGUGGCUUCGUCUCACCCGUUGGCAAAGGCGAUCAGACUGUUUGCAGAGGAAUUGAGCAAUACUAAAAGCAUUCCAUUAUUUGCAAAUAAAAUACCACAAGUCGAAACAGUUCAGGGCCGUGGAGUCAGGGGUGCUUUUGUUUACGAUGAUGAUGUUGAAGAUUAUGCACAGCACCAUCCAGUUGAAGGGAUUCUUGGCAACGAGAACCUUUUCCAAGAGAAGGGAGCUGUGGUGUCGGAUAAGCAGAAAGCGCUCUUGACAAAAUGGAAAAGAGAAUCCAAGUCCGUGGUCUUGGUUGGUUUAAGAUGUCCCAAGAUAUUCAAAAACGAUGCGUUGAAUGUAAUUUUGGUGCUUGCUGCAAGGGACCAAAUCCGACCUGAAAGCAGAAAAGUUAUCGACUACUUCAAUUCCAAGAAGAUUGAGACGUGGAUGAUCACUGGUGAUAAUGCGCUUACUGCAGAUGCUAUAGCAAAAGAGAUUGGGAUUGCCAAUGUUGUUAGUGAAGUUUUACCAGAUGAAAAAGAAGCUCAAAUCAAACGAAUUCGUCAAUUGAAACAACAAAGCGGUGGUGACGACUCAAAACGUGCUGUUGUCAUUGCUAUGGUGGGUGAUGGUAUAAAUGAUGCACCUGCGCUUGCUGCUGCUGAUGUUGGAAUUGCACUUAGUUCUGGUGCUGAUCUUGCAGUCACGUCGAGCGAUUUUAUCCUCUUGAACAAGUUGCACCCUUUGGUGUGCUUGGUGACAUUGUUUGAUUUGUCACGAGUUGUGUUUCGUCGUGUCAAGUUUAAUUUUGCUUGGAGUUUGGUUUACAAUAUGAUUGGGUUGCCAAUUGCAGCUGGCGUCAUUUACCCAUACAAAAAUUCCAGGUUGGAUCCGGUAUGGGCCAGUGCAGCAAUGGCAUUGAGUUCAGUGAGUGUUGUUUUAAGUAGUUUGGCCUUGAGACUCUAUAAGCCAAAGCUACAAGCUCAAGAUUUCAACAUAGAAGAUGAAGGUGCAAAUGUAGUGCCUGAAGAGGAUUUUAUGUAG